ACUUUGCAUAGCCAGAAAGAAACAAAUGGUUAUCACAAACUUCAACGGAACCGGCGUUGGAUUUGGUUUCGGUGUAGGUUGCGGUUUCGGUGUAGGAUGGGGUUUCGGAGGUAUGCCAUUGAACUUAUUGGGUCUUGGUGCAGGUGGAGGCUGUGGCGUUGGAGUAGGACUUGGUUGGGGGUUUGGGACUGCAUUUGGUAGUAAGUAUAGGUCAUCACGGAUCACAUUUCAAGGAGUGGAAUUUGAUAGUAAGGAGAAAGGUAACAGCGCGGAGUUCUCAAAACCCAAUCCCGAAGUUGCCCAACACAAAUCCAACAAAGAUUGCUGGCUCGUGAUCAAUGGCAGAGUGUUGGACGUUACCAAGUUUUUGGAGGAGCACCCGGGAGGGGAAGAGGUGCUGCUAGAGUUGGCUGGGAAGGAUGCUACAAAGGAGUUUGAUGCUAUUGGACACAGUAACACAGCUCAAAACAUGGUUCUGAAGUACCAAGUGGGUGUCGUCCAAGGUGCCACAAUUCAAGAGGUGGAUUUUAAGGAUGUUGUGGACAAGGAAUCCAAUAGCAAAGAGAUGAGUGCCUUCGUGAUCAAAGAGGAUGCCAUGUCUAAGUCUCGGGCAUUUUAUGAGUUCUUUGUUCCAAUUCUUUUUGCCGGAGUCUAUUUUGGUUACCGAUGCCUCACCAGAGCAGACCCUAUCAAUUAUUAAGCUCUCUUAUUGAAACUCUCUUUCUAAAUGAAUGCUAUUUUACUAUUUUUAU